AGAACAGCUGGCCCGCGAGAGAGUGUUUAGGCCGGAACCGGGAGGGCUGCCUCGUCUCGGGCCCUGGCUGAGAUUCUAUGCAGCGUCGGUCGCCUCCAGAGGCGAUGAUUGCGCCAGAAAUGUCCGGCCAGAGCCAUUCCGGGGAGGAACCGGACGAACUGACAACGCGGCGCUUGAUCCGCCAACAGUACCGAGAACUAAUUUCUACCGUUCAGCAGAACCAUGAACUGAUGCUAAGCACCAAUAAUGAUAAAUUGACAGAAGCUCUAGAAGAUGCUGAUAAACUAUUUACUGGAGUAUCCUUUGCAAGGGAGGCCGCUUUGGAUGCCCAGUUCCUAGUUUUGGCAUCAAAUCUAGGAAAAGAAAAAGCAAGCCAGUUACACUCAGAUAUGACAGUAUUUGAUCCAUCUGCAUUUGCUGAAGAUUUAUUAUCACUUAUGGGUCUAAAUCGUUUGGAAACAGAAGAAAGUGAUAGUGAAGAAGAACAGGUUGCUAGUGGAUUCUUACCUCAUAAUGCUUGGCAUAAACUUGGUGAAGAAGCAAAAAAAUACUUUAGGAGGGCACCAGUUUUCCAUUUCAUGUUGGGCACAUUUACUCCUGAUCCUCCUGUUGAAAGGCCACGCAUUGAAAGGCAACGAAAGAAGGCAACAUCAGAUGGAAACAGAGUAAUGCCUGCACAAUUAAAGAAAAUGGAAGAAUCUCAUCAAGAAGCUACUGAAAAAGAAGUAGAAAGGAUUUUGGGAUUCUUACAAGCCUAUUAUGCAGAAGAGCCUGAUACACCAAUAUCUUUCCUUGAGUUUGUGACAGACCCAAAUUCUUUUGCACGAACUGUGGAAAACAUGUUUCAUGUCUCAUUCUUAAUAAGGGAUGGACUUGCAAGAAUAAAACUGGAUCAAGAUAAGCUUCCUAUAAUAGAACCUUUACGUCCAGAAGAAGUAGAAAGUUAUGAGGAUACUCACGCACGAAAGCAAGCAGUCAUAUCAAUGAGCUAUCAAGAGUGGAAGAAUAUUGUGGAGAUAUUUGAAAUUUCACAGACAAUGAUUCCACCUGUUUCACAGUCACAGACAUGAGAUGAAGCUGAUCUGAAUGUAAGGUAUCCAUAGUUCUGUAAGAACCAGCCUGAUCUUGGAAGGAGAAUGGAAAUGAGCAAAACUUUCCUGUUUAAGUAUUGUAUAUUUGCUUGAAUAAGGGGAGUGCUUCCAGGUUUUCUAAAUAACAAUGUUGUAUUAUACAACAUACUGUACAUUGUUUAUUUGCUGUAACAACAGAUUAGUCUCAAAUUGUUGUAGCUUUUAUGUUCUGAAUGUGCUUUGUCUUAUUACAAUUCAUUUGGUCAACAUUAUGUUAUUUCAGUUUGUAUUUCACCUUUCCACAAAGCAAAAAGAAGUUAGCUAACAAUAAAAACAAAGUAUGAUUUUCAGUAAAAGAAGACAUUUGAUCAGUCUUCAGAGGUGGAAAAGAGUGGUGGCUUGCCACUGCUCCCAAGGGUGUUUGCUCUGUAUUUUUGGAGUGACCCAGAACGUGCCUUCUUUUAUGUGCCUGACAAAGACCGCUUUAAAGGUCAUUUAAUGUCCAAGCAGAUUCAUACUGAGAGACACAAACAGUUGUGCCUGAAACCAUUUAAAUGUUAAAGGAGUAGAAUGGUACUAUCCCAGUUCCUUUGUGUUGCAGCAGUAUGUGUUAAUUAUAUUUUAGUUUAGGAGAACAUGCACUUUUCUAAAGCUUAUUUAUAGUUCCGUAGCUAAAUUAGCUUUUGAACCUCAUUAUUUGUGAAUGAUGGUACAGAGAAGAAAAAUGGGGAGUGGAAAUGCAAGGCCGAGAAGAAAAGUACAUCAGGCUGUCUACAUCAUAGAAUGUACUCACCUCGUUGAAAUACUUUGCUUUCCUCCAUCAUACUAUUUUGAUGUCAUUCUGCAUUUAAGACAAGCAUUCAAAUGUUUAUGGUAGAAUGUCUUUGAGAAAUGGCAUAUAAAAACGAAAUAGCUUCUAUUGUGGAUGUCAUUCCGUGUUAUAGAUUAUUGAAACUUGGGCAGAAGCAUCCAUUUGUAAUUAAAACACUUUGAAACACUUUUCUAGUGGUUGUAUGUUUCAAGAUUAAUAAUUUCAAAUGUUUCUGUAGUCAUUUUUGAGUUAUGCAAACUUGUUAAUCUUUAAAUAAUAAUAUAAAUAUUAAAUAUAGAUAACAUGGAAGCUUUGGCUUUGAAAAGACUAUUUUUUUGGACUAAAGAUGCAGUCUAGUAGAUUCUGGGAAGCUGCCCUGCACCUUAUAAAUUACUCUUUAUAAGUAUUUUCUUGGAAAGUUGCACGAGAUAACAAAGUAUACUGGUAUUAUAGCUGAUACAAAAAAUAUGUGGAACUGGAUUAGUUGUUAACUUAUAAAAUUCUAUGGUGUUCUUCUACCCCUAGCAUAUAUUAUUCUGUCACUGGAUUUCUAACAGUAAUAGCAUAUGGGCGUCAUACAAAUCAUACAUAAUAUAAAUGCAUCAAGGAGAUUUGUUUUUCAAUCCAAAUGAUUUUAGACAAUUGUAGCCUGACUGCAUUAAUAAGUGCAGAGAAUGCAGUCUUGUCAAACUAAACUAUUCAGCUAUAUAAGGCAAUAAUGUAGGAUUGUGGGAAAAAUAGGAAUGAUCCCUCCUAGCAUGCAUGUAUGUAUACCUACUACAAUUAUUGUCAAUG